AUGCCUGGUGGUGGUCGCUGUGCAGCUUGCAAAUAUCUGCGAAGAAGGUGCCCUUCAGAUUGCAUUUUCUCUCUUUAUUUUCCAGCCAAUGAUCCUCAAAGAUUUGCUUGUGUUCACAAAAUCUAUGGUGCCAGCAAUGUCGCAAAGAUGCUGCAGCAACUUCCAGCAAAUCUACGAGCGGAAGCAGCAGAUUCGUUGAGUUUCGAGGCACGACAUCGAGUUGAAGACCCUGUUUAUGGUUGUGUUGGAAUUAUUCAUCGUCUUCAUCAACAAAUACAAAACGCAGAGACCCAAUUAGCUAAGACUCAAGCUCAACUUUUCGGUUUCAUCAACACAAUAAUAGAUUAA